GCCCCCCGCCCGUGUACCGUACCGGCCCCGGCGUCGGGCCCAUGGCGCCCAUGGGCCUCGGCGCCGCUCUCGCCGUGGCGCUGCCGCAGGCGCUGCUGGGGCUGAGCCACGGCUCCGUCGCGCAGACGGGCAUCGUGGAGAAGCCAGACCUGUUUGCUCCUCUGACGAGGGCCUCCAGCUUCGAGGGCUUCCAGCGGCACACGGCCCAGGUGACCAGCGACUGCCCCGAGCCCUGUGCGGCGCAGGCCGCUGCCGGCGCCGCCGGCAGGUACAGGUUCCGCGAGGAGCGCGCCGGCAGGGUGGACGUCGCCCAGUGCGCCGCCGAUUUCCCGGAUUUUUUGGUGUAUCUGGAGCGGGCCUGGGGGGACAGGAAGGCGUCCGCCGAGGACCUGCACAGGGAGCCGGAGACGAAGUUCGGCGGCGGCCGCAUGGGGGUAGCGCUGGAGCUUCGCCCCAAUGGGAACGUGCGGCUGAACAUGUUCCAGAGCUGGAGAGGCUCGGGGGGAAUGUCUCGCUGUACUGGCGCUUCAUGA